UAUACUAUGAAAUAAAAUUUAUUGUGCCAUAAGUUUUGGUUCUUCUAUAAAAUAUAAAUAAAUUCAUUCCGUCCCGGUGUUAGACCAAAAGCCGUCGCUAAAACAAGUGUCGAGUUGGAGUUUUUAUUGGAUAACAAAGUGGAAAUGCUUGUGAUUUUUGUAAAAUAUUUUAAAGUUAUUAUCUAAUUAAAAGCUGCUAAAGUGUUGUGUGUCUGAUGGUGUGUUUUGUGCACAUUUUUAAGAGUUUUCCCCAAAAUGUGUGACCGACUCUUUGGCUCGAUGACUCCCAAAUGAAAAACAAGUUCUUUGUGGAUUUUAUACUCAUUUAAGCUUUGUUCUGAUAUUCCGACUGCUCUUUUGAAUGUUAUUCCUCGCUCUUUUGUGUUUUCAGAGCAUGAAAACAACGUGUAUUUUAAGGGGGAGCUCUUUGGUUCGGUUGCAAAGACUGCUAAGGUGAGGGGGUGUUAUUAGGGCUGGUGUUCCUGCUUCUGCUGCUGCUGCACUGCCUACUUCUGAUAUACGGACUACUGUUAAAACUCUGGUUGUGCGCUAUCGCAAUCAUUGUCAUCAUCGACCAAGGAGGAAUGGGCACCAUGCUCAGAGCACAGCACCAUCCAUCCAUCCAACCAACCAACCAACAAACAUACACUCAAUAACCCAUAGACAGAGAGCCAAGCCAAACAACCACACAAAACAACCAUCCAUCCAGUCAGCCAGCCAGCCAGCAAGCAAUACGUCGUCCGCUACAACAACCAACAACACAACAUUCUUCAGUCAUAACACAACCAACAGUAAAACGUUGGAUUAUUCGUUCGAUGGCAACGGUUUGGUUAACAGGCGCGCGCUUUCUUUUAUUACAAAAUUUUAUCGCCAAUUAUUUUAUGGUUAUUUGAACAAUUCUGGGGCGCUAAACUCUACGUCAAAACAAAAGUGUUAAGAAUAGAAAAAAAAAAAAAACAAAAAAUCUAAAACAGUCUCAUUUUGAAAAUAAUGCCGUCGUCGUUUUAACUUAACAACUCUCCCCUUUGACAAGACUAAUAAAGAACCAACAACUAGUGGCUCGUUCGCUCGUGUGCUCCACUCAUAAUCAGUGAGUUUUUCCGCCCGUCCUAACGUUUGUUUGGUAUUUCGUUUUGACUUCUGGUCGUUGUCGUCAUCAUCGUCGUAGUCGGGGUACUGAGCGCCUUGUGCUGCUGCCGUAGUCGUUGUCGUCGUUCGCUGCUAUUCACGUUGGGCGCUAUCAUCAUCACCCAAAUGCACCGCGCACUUGAAAGAAAAUCUUUAUGAUUAUUUUGGACAUUCAGUCAGUUUGUCUACGACGGUCGUAAUGAGAAUACAUCACUUAAUCAGCAAUAGCAACAAAAUACAAAGACAACUUGUACAACAACUACAAGUCGUACUACCACUGCUACUACCAACACUACAACUAAAACUAAUCGUAUCACAAAAAUAAUAAUAACAAUAAAAACAAAUAAUAAUCGUAAAAAUAUACAAUAAAAGUAAUUAUUAUUGUUAUGAUUACAACAACUAAACACAAAAUAAAAUAAUACAACAAUAAAAACGGAACGAAACAAAACAAAACGAAAGAAGCGGCCAACCAACAAAAAACAGCAACACACUAUUGUUAUUAUAAUGAUAAUGUUUAUUGUUGCUACAAGUGACACAAAAAUAAUAAAUUUCAAAUUUCAAUAAAUUAUUUCGUUCUUUCGCUAUAAAAUCAAAAACAAAAAAACCAAUGCCAAGCAACAAAAAAAUAUUAACAAAAUAAAAAGUGAAAGAGUAAAUGACAAAACAUUUUUCUGUGAAAUGAAAUGAAUCUAUAAAAUAAUAAUAAUAAUAAUAAAGUGCAAAUUUAAACUGGAAUUCAAGUAUACGAUUUUUGAAAUAAUAAAAAUAAUAAAGCUAUUUAAGACAUAUAUUUAAAAAAAAAAUACAAAUAUUUAAGACAUAAAUGUAGAAAAUACAAAUAAUUCAAAUAAAUAAGACAGAAUUCAAAUAAAGUGCAAUACAGUUUAUAAAAAAUAAAUAAAGAAAAAUAUUUUAAUAAAAGUAAAUCCCAAUUACGAAAAUCGAAGCAACAACUCUCCACUUAAAUUUUCCUUCCAACCAUCUACACAUAUUUAAACCGCCAAAAUUCUUACCGCCAACAGUAUGAAUUCAUAUUUUGAACAAGCUUCUGGCUUUUACGGCCAUCCACAUCAGGCCACUGGCAUGUCCAUGGGUACCGCUGGCCAUCAUGAUCAGUCGGCCACCGCCGCAGCAGCGGCCUACAGAGGUUUCCCCCUAUCGCUGGGCAUGACACCCUACACCAAUCAUCAUCUGCAACGUUCUACCCAAGAUUCCCCCUACGAUGCCAGUAUUACCGCCGCCUGUAACAAAAUCUACGGUGAUGGCAAUGCCUACAAACAAGAUUGCCUCAACAUCAAAUCGGAUACAAUAAACGGCUACAAAGACAUAUGGAAUACCACAGCGAACGGGGGUGGAGCCGGUGGUGGCGGCGGUACUGGUGGUGGUGGUGGCGGUUCAGCGGGCUCGGCGAACGGUGCAAAUAAUACCGCCAAUGGUGGACAAAAUACAAGUGGCGGUGGUGGAGCUGGUGGAGGCGGUGGUAUGCCCGUCAGACCCUCGGCCUGUACACCGGACUCACGGGUGGGCGGCUAUUUGGACACAUCGGGCGGUAGUCCGGUAAGCCAUCGCGGCGGUAGUGCCGGUGUUGUGGGCGGCGCCGGUACCGGGGUUGGGCAAAGUGGUCAGAGUGCUAAUGUCGGUGGUGCUGGCGGUGUAGGCGGGGCAACGGCUUGGAAUGCGAAUUGUACAAUUUCAGGAGCCGCCGCCGCACAAACAGCAAGUAGUUUACACCAGGCCAGCAAUCACACAUUCUAUCCCUGGAUGGCUAUCGCAGGUAAGAUAAGAUCUGAUCUAACACAAUACGGCGGCAUAUCACCAGACAUGGGCAAACAUGGACAAUCUGAUGGAAAUAUGAAUGGACUAAAUGAAAAAAGGAACUCCAUAAUUGAUCCCAGUAAGAGAUACUCAGAAUCUCUUGCGGGCUCAUUACUACCAGAUUGGUUAGGUACAAAUGGUCUACGAAGACGUGGUCGCCAAACAUAUACCCGCUAUCAAACACUUGAAUUAGAGAAAGAAUUCCACACCAAUCACUAUCUAACCCGCCGACGAAGAAUUGAAAUGGCUCAUGCUCUCUGCCUGACAGAAAGACAAAUUAAGAUCUGGUUCCAGAAUCGACGAAUGAAAUUGAAAAAAGAAAUACAAGCCAUCAAAGAGUUGAAUGAACAGGAAAAACAAGCUCAAGCCCAAAAAGCGGCAGCAGCGGCGGCGGCAGCACAACAUUUAGGCGAAUAAAAUUAGGAAAAAAUUAUAAAUUAUUAUUAUAAUUAUAGUAUGCAGCAUAAUGAUAAUAAUAAUAUUAAUAAUAAUAGAGGAGAAGAGGAUAAUAAAUGUUAUAGUAAUGGGUGGUGGUGGCGGCACCAGCAACAGCAGCAGCCGUAGUGUGAUCGAUCGGCAACAACAAAUCCCCAGAUAGUGAUCAUCAAGAGCAAUAGUAUUUUCAACAUCAGCCAGCCAUAAAAUGUUAGACAAGUGUUGGAGGCUAUACAAUUGGAAAAUAAUGCAUUAUCUAUCCAAAACUAAAUAUCUCGUUGUUAACCCCACCCCUUCCUUCUUUAUCAAUCGACCGACAUUACUGAACAACUACAACCCAGAAGACCCAGUGAAAGGACAUUCGCCAUUUGCAUUUGUUGUUACUGAGAACUCACUCACUCAACACACACACUUUCACACAAUAAGACACCCAUACCUACCUACUACUUACUCAUUUUAAUUGAUCUUACAAAGAAGCAAGUAAAACAUCUUCUCUUUAGGUUUAAUCUUAAAAUCUAAACAAACACAAAAUGAUACUAUAUUGUAUACUUAAAACGAACAAGUUUAUAAAAGAACAAAAAAAAAAACAAAACAAAACCAACAAAAAAACUUAAACAAAAGCGAAAAAAGAAACUCAAACUCUCAACUUAAUUGCAAUUUUUGUUUGCUUUAAAUUAAUUUAUUAUUAUUUUUACAGAAAAAAACUACAGUAAAAAAAUUAAAAAAAAAAAACAUAUUUGGCAUAUUCCAUGCCUUUAUAAAUAGUUGCUAUAGUUUAAGAGUAAAUAUAUAUACGUAAUUUAAACAUACAACAACAAAAAGAAAACUAAAACAAACCUGUGCAAAUUAUUUUUAGUUAAUUUUUAUUUUUUUAUUCUAUUAAGUUUAAUAUUAUUUUUAUUUUUUAUUAGUUUUAAUAUAAAUGUUAUAAAUAAAUCACAAUCCUCACCCGAGAAAAAUGAUACUUUUCGUAUACUGUUGAUAUUUAAUGGAAUUUUAUUAUAAAACCCCCAAAAAAUAAGCAAAAUUCUGAUUUGUGUAAAAGUAAUGAUGAACCUAAUUAUACUCUAAAUAUUAUAACUAUACUUUUGUACAUUGAUUUUUCCUAUCUAUCGUAGCUUUUUGUUUAGCCUAAAAUAUAUUAUUAUAAUUAAUUAAUUAAAUUCUUUCUUUUUGUUGUUUUUAAGUGAAUUAAAACAUUUUUGUUCAAUGUUUUAGUUUUUACUCCAACUCGUUUUUCUUCAGUUUCUUUUGUUUAGUUAGCGUCUUCUCUACCUGUAGCCUGUAAGUUUUAAAAAUAUCCAAGAAAAAAUGAAGAAACCGACAAAAAAAGAACAAGAACAAAAAAACAAAUUUAAAAAAUUAAUAAAUUUUAAAUUAAAUAAAUUUGAAUUUUUUUUCAACAAAAAAAUUGAAAACCCAAA